GCGCGCUGGAAAGAGCCUGAGUCACCAACCGUCGCCAUGGGCCGGAAGCCCCCUCCCCCGCGUCGCCUUUGCUCUAGAGAGAGCGUUUCCCGCGAACCCGCGGGGACUACAACUCCCAAUAUGCUUCGCGGCAGCCAGAAUGAACCCUUCAGUGCCGCGGGCCGAGCUGCACCCCGCCCCCGUCCCUUACCCGAACCGCGCAUGAGAUGGGUGCCCCCAUCGGCACACUGUCCUUUGGCCACCGGACAUCAUGCCUCCCAAAAAGGAUGUUCCCGUGAAGAAACCAGCAGGACCCUCCAUCUCCAAGCCUGCUGCCAAGCCAGCAGCAGCAGCUGCUCCAGCCAAGACUACACCUGAGCCAGCUGUCCCCCCAGCCCCUGAGAAAAUCCAGGGGCCCCCUGUUGAUCUCUCCAAAGUGGUGAUCGAGUUUAACAAGGACCAGCUGGAGGAGUUCAAGGAGGCCUUCGAGCUGUUUGACCGAGUAGGGGAUGGCAAGAUCCUGUACAGCCAGUGUGGGGAUGUGAUGAGGGCCCUGGGCCAGAACCCCACCAACGCCGAGGUGCUCAGGAUCCUGGGGAACCCCAAGAGCGAUGAGCUGAAGUCCCGGCGAGUGGACUUUGAGACUUUCCUGCCCAUGCUCCAGGCAGUGGCCAAGAACCGGGACCGAGGCACAUAUGAUGACUACUUGGAGGGGCUUCGGGUGUUUGACAAGGAGGGGAACGGCAAAGUCAUGGGAGCAGAGCUGAGACAUGUCCUCACCACCUUGGGAGAGAAGUUGACUGAGGAGGAGGUGGAGGAUGUUCUGGCAGGACAUGAGGACAGCAACGGCUGCAUCAAUUACGAGGCCUUCCUGAAGCACAUCCUAAGCGUCUGAGCUCAACAGAUCCAGGAGGGUCAGAACUGGGCCCCGCCAGGCGGAAGCACGUUCCUGCCACUAGGAGGCCACGUAUUGUUUCAAAAUAAAGACACGGUUCCUCCCUUGG